AUGAUAUUCAAGCAGGGAGAGCAUAUCAAAAGUGAACCGGAUGCGCAGGUUGUGGGCCGGUCUAUCGCGCGAGAUAAAGACAAGGGACAAAAGGACGCACAGCUCCACGUGCCGCCAACGCAGCCUAAGAGGGAGUCAUUCAGCAGCAACCGAGAUAUCCGUACGGAUCUUCCUGUGAUUUCUGGGGAUACAUUCAAGGUCGCGUUUGAACAGGCUCUGUACAGAAUCAACCGGAGGAGCGUGAUUGACAUGACACCUAAACAAGUGUUACUGAAUUACCAGAAUGGCAAAGAUUGCGUGGCAAAACUGUCCGCCUUCGGACUCAGCAAAAUUAAAAAUAACGUUGAUAUGACGUCAUCAGUGGCUGGCGCGAAAACAAAUCAAAAGUCUGCGAUUCCGAGAUACUCCGCACCGGAAGUCCUUUCUGGGGAAAUCCUAAAGAUACCGGAUAUAAUGAAAGCGGAUAUCUGGUCGCUAGCUCUUCUACUCCAUGAGGUGAUUUUUGAGGAGGAGCCUUACUUCGACAUGUCGUACAAAACCUUGCUUAAAGAAGUUGGGACCAAGGGCGUCACACCCAAGGGGCUCUCUGAUGUCCAUACUGACGAUACCGUUAGUGUUGCGCAGAAAAGGGCACUAAGCUUCAAUCCGGCAAAGAGACCUGACAUAACCUACAUAUGUCAAAUAUUGAAAGACAUUGAUAACAUUUAUAAGGACUGUGCAUAG